AUGCCAUCGUUCCUCAAUGACCACAACUCGCCAAUCCACUUCCAGAACGCCGGAGUCGUCCACCUGAACGGCCCCAGCCACUACGAAGGAAUCAGCAACGUCGAUAUCAAGGUCAAUGGACACGUCCCGCACCCCGUCAACUCGCACGUCUCAAAUGAUAGUUUCGACGGCAGCUCCUCCCAUUCUACGCACACUUCCGAGUCGUCGGAUGCCACUCAGAUGCACGGCAACGACACCCGGACCUCGACUAUGAGCACAACCAAUGGCCACAACGGAGCCAUUGAAGGGGGAGAUGGAUGGAAAACAAACGGUGGCCUCGGCUAUGGGGAUGCACCCCAGAAGCCCUUGUCCAAUGGUGCUCCUAUCACCAUCCCCCCGCCAGACCGAGCCGCUCCCCCACGACCACCACAUAUGCCUAAUGGGACGGCUGAUCGCACUUCAGGCCACAGUUUCGCUGAGCCCCCAUCGAUAAGGACGUCAAUGGCUGACGCAACGAUCGAUUCUGUCCAGGCCUCCCCAAUGGGAAUGACGAUGCAUCAGGGCCAGAGAGGGGAUGCACCUGGGGCCAGCAAUGGUCACGGUCUCAAUGCCGACAGUGGCUCCAACUUCUGGUCCUCCAGCCCGGUAAACCAAAGGUCCAGCCUGGACCCGAACUCACCAGCACCUCAGAGGUUCUCUUCUCCUGCCCAGAUGUCGGGUAACACGAGUCUCAACGCAUCCACAUCCAAUCUCCACCCGGCAAAUCAAGGGCUGAAACACCGUCAUACCCUCGAGGUUCCUAGGCCCGGCCAACCCCGCGGAUCGCGUGAUGGCCAGGACUCUGCAGUCACAAGCGGUCGAUUCUCCCCGACCAACGCCGGGCCCAGCGGCGCUAGGAGAGCCUCCAUCAACCUGGUUAGGCGCAACACCCGAUCGUUGCACAGUGACUACCCUCGCGACGAAGCCUUUCCCGACGAGGACGCCAUGCGGUGGGCAGAAGCGUACAGGCAGAAGCGGGCCAGCAAGAAGAAGAAGAAGGAAGAGGAGGAUGAUGACCGGGUGCUAGUCGGCACCAAGGUCGACGAGAAGCACGCAAACUGGGUCACAGCCUACAACAUGCUGACAGGAAUUCGUGUCUCCGUGUCUCGCACGAAUGCCAAGUUGGAUCGUCCAUUGACAGAUGCGGAUUUUGACGCUAAGUCCAAAACAACAUUCGAUAUCACCGGAAAUGAGCUUGUUCCCUCUGCAAAGUACGACUUCAAAUUCAAGGACUACGCACCUUGGGUGUUCCGACAUCUGCGACAGCUGUUCCAUCUGGAUCCAGCCGACUACCUCAUGUCUCUGACAGGAAAGUAUAUCCUCUCUGAGCUCGGGUCACCUGGCAAGAGCGGCAGCUUCUUCUACUUUUCCCGAGACUACAGAUUCAUCAUCAAAACAAUCCACCACGGCGAACACAAAUUUCUCCGCAGGAUACUGAAGGAGUACUACCAGCAUAUCACUGAGAACCCGAACACGCUACUCUCUCAAUUCUACGGUCUUCAUCGGGUCAAGACGCCGUGGGGUAGGAAGAUUCACUUCGUGGUCAUGAACAAUCUUUUCCCGCCACACCGAGACAUUCACACAACCUUCGACCUCAAGGGAUCUACCAUUGGCAGAGACUACAGGGAAGAAGACCUUGAGAAGAACCCUCGGGCUACCUUGAAGGACUUGAACUGGCUGAGGCGGAAAAGGCACUUGGAGCUCGGCCUUGAGAAGAAGCGACUGUUCAUGGAACAGCUACAGAAGGAUGUCAAGCUGAUGCAGAAGCUGCACAUAAUGGACUAUUCUCUGUUGAUCGGCGUCCAUGACACCCGCAAGGGCAACGACGAGAACCUGCGGGCCCGGAAUCUCCAGGUCUUCAGCCCUGGUGGCGCUCAGGCUUCCGAUGACCCUAAUCAGGUGCUGAUGCGCACACCGUCAAAGCUUGAGAAUCAGCGCCGCGCUGCUCAGAUGCGACAACUGAUCAAGUCCGAGCGACCGGUGCCCAUGGGACAGAGCUUGUCUGGCAUGCCUGAUGUCCUGGAGGAGGGUGCUGCCAAGUCUGAGUCACUGUUCUACUCGGACGAUGGCGGCAUGCGUGCCACUCAUGAGGACAAUAUGCCAGGUGAAGAGAUCUAUUACCUGGGAGUGAUUGACUGUCUGACACAUUAUGGUGUCAUCAAGAAGAUCGAACACUUCUGGAAAGGACUCUCGAGCGACCGAACGCAAAUCUCGGCCUUGCCACCAGAGCAAUACGGCGACCGGUUCCUCGACUUCAUGUCCGGUAUCACAAUGUCACCCGAGGAGGCAAAACGGGAGGCCGAGGAGAAACAGAAUGCCGAGGCUGAGGCAGCUGCCGAAAAAUCAAAACAGCGCGUGCCGAGCUGGAACAGUGCAGGCCGCAAGUCAACUAGUAAUAAUGUACCGGCGGCUCCUACCCAUGAGCCUCCCCCGCCACCGGGGCGUGGCUCUGGGGCCAUAUCUCCUCAAGCUGAGGAGACGAUGCGAAGAGCAGAGCAUGUUGCCUCAAAGACAGAGAGGCACGGCCACACCGAGCAGGGCAUUCCAGAUCGCAUCAUCAGGACAACGGGCUCGGCCGGCGGCGGCAUCUUGCCCUCCAUCGCGGCUGCUACUGCGCCGUCCCUGAUGGCCAGCAAUAAUGAUGCGGCGAACCAGGCGAUCCUUCCAAUUGUUGAAGAGCCUAGCGAGGGUUCUACGAACGGCGAGCGUGACCACGGCGCAAAUCGACAUGGCCAUGGCGACCGGACAAGUAAUGUGACAGCUGGCUCUGAUGGGCGACCGUGGACGCCGGCAAGGGAUGGCCAGGAUCGCAACAGCUCCGGCUCGGGGAAUCCGGUGCUUUCGAAUAUGCGUGAACCAUCCAGGGCACCUCCAACCCCGCCUAAGACGAGUGGAAGCAUGGUGGGCAAUGGCAGCGCAUUUGGCCACGGGAAGCGACUCACAAAGCCAGAAAGCGCCGACAGCGGGAUUGGUGUCCACGAGAUGGGCCGGGCGAGAAGCGGGAGCCAGGUGUCGAGAUACUCCGACAAGGCCGGUGUUAAGGGGCAGAUGAGCCGGGAAAGCUUGGAUAAGGCCUUGCCACCCCUGCCUGCCGUCAACGGGCCGGCGUAA